AUGGUUUCUCGUAGUCUCUCGUCGCAACAACAACUAUCUUCAAAUCUCGGUUCCAUUUCCAUCUCCACCUUCAAUUCCCACCUUAGGUACUUUUGUUCUUGGAACACUGUUUUGUCUAUUUUGCUCAGAAGGGGUCGCACCAAUAUGACCAAAGAGGUGUAUGAUGAAAUGCUUCGCACGUAUGGUGUUACUCCAGACACUUGUACAUACAAUGUUUUGAUCAGAGGAUUAUGCAAAAACUCAAUGGUUGAUGAAGGGUUUCGGUUUUUUAAUGAGAUGGCCGGGUUUGAUUGUAAUCCGGAUGGUGUCACGUAUAACACACUUGUUGAUGGUUUGUGUAGAGCGGGGAAGGUCAGAAUUGCUCGGAAUUUAGUGAAUGGUAUGAGCAAGAAAUGUGAGGGUUUGCAUCUUGAUGUUGUUACUUAUACUACAUUGAUUCGAGGAUAUUGUAUGAAGCUAAAAGUAGAUGAGACAUUGAUUGUUCUUGAAGAGAUGAGUAGCCGGGGCAUUGAGCCGAACAUGGUUACCUAUAAUACUUUGAUAAAAGGGCUUUGUGAGGCACACAAGUUGGACAAGAUGAAAGAUCUUUUGGAACGGAUGACAGGCAAUGGGGGUUUUAGCCCUGAUACAUUUACCUUUAAUACGAUUAUUCAUUCGCAUUGUUGUGCGGGAAAUCUGGAUGAAGCAUUGAAGGUGUUUGAAAGCAUGAAAAAAUUUCGGGUCCCCAUGGAUUCAGCUUCGUAUAGCACUCGAUACGUAGUUUGUGUCGGAAAGGGGACUAUGAUAUGGCAGAGGUGUUGGGCACACAAGAUCCCCAGAUCGUACAAUACAUUAAUUAUGGGGCAUUGUAAAGAAGGUGCAUAUGAAAGUGGAUAUGAGCUUUUGAUGUGGAUGCUUAGAAGAGACUUUCUUCCCGAUGUUGAUAUUUAUGAUCGUUUGAUUGAUGGUUUUCUUUUAAAGGAUAAGUCUCUACUUGCAAAGGAGACACUAGAGAAAAUGCUUAAGAGCUCCUAUCAACCUAAAACAUUCACUUGGCAUUCUAUACUUGGCAAAACUUUUGGAAAAAGAAUGGAUACUAGUGUUAAAAUUGAAGAAGUAGCUCAAUUUCUUUAUGAGAGAGGAAAGCUAUUAGAAGCAUGCAAGCUGUUGCUUUUUAGUCUCGAAACAUUUGGUUUAUGCUAUGAAUUAGUGGAGAACGGUUUAUGUCAGGAAUUGACAUGCCUAAAUGAUUUAAUAGCUGCUUUAGAGGAAGGUGGAAGAAGAGAGGAAGUUGCAUUUAUAUCAAAGAGAUUACCAAGACUGGAGAACUUAGAUGUAUCUAAGGGAAAUCAUAGCUCUAAGAAGUUCAUGCCUAUUAAAGUGUGA